UGGGCAGACACCGGGCCCAAGAUGGCAAACCCCGACCCCCUGAGGGAGGAGGUGGGUGUCCUCGAACGCGAGUUAGCCAGGGUGGAGGACCACUUGGCGCUGACCAAGGCCGAGAGGGAUGAGCUGGCGAUAAAGUACAGCGCUGUCUGUGAGAGGCUGGAACAGUCUCUGAUGAAGGAGGAGGGUGAUGAGGUGGUGUCCGGCAGCCCCGAGGGGUCUGAAGCGGCGCGGGUCAAUGCGGGUCUGAGACGGCAGCUGGAGGAGGAGCAGAUCGCCUACAAGAGGAAGCUUCAAACCUACCAGGAGGGGCAACAGAGGCAAGCGUUGCUGGUCCAGAAACUACAGGGCAAGCCACCCCCAGCUAGCCAGCCAGCUGGCACCUCCAGCCCGACAUAUCAGCAACUGCAGAGGUCGGAUUCACUGAAGAUUAAGCCAUGUGAGUAUUAUCUCUUGCUGUAA